CGUCUAAAGUAAAAUUGGGCAUAGCAUCUAUCAAUGCUGAUGUUUCAUUGUAUCCAAUUCCAAGUAAAAUGCGCUCUCGUAACAUGUAAUUCUCCAGUGGUCCAUAUUCACAUUUACUCACCAAUUUAAGUAGAUCAGUUGUAAAGGCAUCUAUCGUUUCAUUAGGCAGUUUUAAUCUAUUAUUGAACUUCUGUCGUUCGACAAUGACAUGUUUCUUGACAGUAAAAUAUUUAGUAAAUUCACUUUUCACUUCUUCAUAAGACAUUUCCUUUUCAAAAUUUGGCUUUAAUUCUGUCAUGAGUUCUUUUGCUAUUGAACCCAUUUUAUAAAGAAGAAGUUCUAUCCUUUCUUUGUCAGAUAUCAAAUUAAAAUCGGCUAUUAACUCCUCGAAAUUUUGUAUCCAUUCCAACCAUAAUUCUGGUUUUGAAAAAUCAAAUGAUUCACAAACAGCUAACGAAUUUGGCAUUAUUUUAAUGACUAAUUCUUUAUAAACGUUUUUCGUAUUUUACUGCGAUUUAUUUUAAAUAGUUUUAAUUAUUCUUUGUGAAAUAACCUUUUAUUUUCUUCUUCGUAUACUUUUGACGUACUACUACGUUGUCUUAAAUAACUAGAUUUUCUUUAUUUCAAUAACUUUGACAAUAGAGUGCCAUCUUAAAUUCUGUUUUAUUUACUUGUGUCUUAAGUUUCUUUUCAGAAUCAACGUCUUAAUAUACAGAAGAAAAGCACAUGUGUCGCUGUGUGUUCAUAAAUGAGAAUCGUUCGAUAAAAGUUAAUGGAAGUCUAUCUAGUAACAGUAUAAUAUCUAUGGAAAAGAUAUUUCAACUCGAUUUAUUUUAACAUAUUAAUUGAUAUCGAUUGUAACAUCGAUGUAUGAUUAAUCGAAUAGAAAAGAUCAAUUGAGAAUCCACUAAUCCAUAGUAUGGAACUUAACCUAAACGCAGUGUGCGUAUACUUUUGAAGUGUAAUAUUAUAAAUUACAUAUUUUAUCGUUUAUACAAGUUUUAUUUUGUAUUAUGAAAAAUAAUCAAAUAUUAUUGCAUGUUUAAUUUAUAACUUUCACAGUUUUAAGAAACAAUUUUUUCAUUAUAAUGGUUGAAAUGUUAGAUUGGGAGUAUGAAGAUCCUCUCACAAAAUUAAAUACACAAUUGAAUAAAUCUAUGGUUUUAAUUGAAAAUGUGAAUGAUCAUGCACAGUCAAAUAAAAGUAAUAAAACUAUUAAAAUAAAAACAAAAAGUACUUCACCCAAAGGAAACACUUCUAUGAAUGGUACAUAUAGAAAAAGUAUUCUAAAGAAAUCAGAAAGUAUAAAUAAUGAAGAAAGAAAUGUCAAGGAAAAUGUAACAGACACUAGCUUAGAAGUAGCUGCUGAAAUGACUCCAGAUAUAUUAACAAUUAAAUCAUCAUCAUUAUCAAGACCACAAAAUCUUCAAGAUUUGAUGAAAGAAGAAACUUUAACAAUGGAAUCUGCAAGUUCUUCUUUUAAUUUUGAUGACAUAUCCGACAGUGAAGAUAUCUGGAUUAUGGAUAUACCUAAAACAAUAGACCCACAAGAAUUAAUUGGACAGACCUUAGUAUUAGGAGAUAAAUCAAAAUUUAGAAUUGGAGAAGAAAAAUACUGUGCUGUUAAACGAGAUUUGAAACAAGACAUUACUUGCGUGUUUGGUACCGGUAAAAUAAACUCGCAAUAUAAAGCAGUUAAUAUAAAACCAGCAGGCUCUAUAACAAUUAGGAGAAAAUUAUCGAGUGUACCAAAAAUUAAACCCAUAUUGUUAGAAAAUUUAGGCGUUCCAUUCCCUGAAAAUUUGAAAACGCGCCAUCCAUUGUUAGGUGUUGUUUCUGAGAAUAAAUCCAAAAAAGUAUUAAAAAUGAGUGGAUCGAGUAAUAAGAAGAGAAAGUCAUAAUGAUAAAAUGACUAUUAUAAUAUACAUAUAUGCCUCUUUUUUAAAUAUACAAUAUACAGUUUAUAUGCAUAAAUUGUUGAAAGCGACGUAUUACCAUGUAAUUAUGAUCUAAGUAUAAUUAGUAAAGAUAUUGAAAUGAC